UGUAAACUUUAAUGUUGACCUGAAAAUGACCUUUGACCUUACCAUGUGACCUCCACCCACACCAAAAUCAAUAGGCGGCUUCGCUAUACCAUACUCGGCCUUCAUGCCAAAUUUGAAGAUGAUCGGAGAAGAAAUGCGGCUGAUAGAGCGCUCACAAGGAAAUCUCUGCGGCGGCGGACAUGGCGGCGGACGCGGCUUGUCGAGGCCAAAUCCAUAGUAUCCUCCGAACUCUGUUCGGAGAUACAAUUAGACACGUAGGUACUUUUAAAAACAAGAAAUGAUUGGUUUAAUUAUGAGACUUAAGUGGCUCUUAUAUCACAAUAUUAUUUCACUUUCACUAGGCAAGCUGAACAAAGAAUAUUGUUUAAUCCUUCCUUUGCACAGCAAUAUAUGAACACCCUUCAUCUUCCAUAUAAUACCAUGUUUAUAUGCAACCUUCAUGUCUCGAUAGUACACUCUGUUUUCUUUAUGAUUAAGUUGUUCACUGUUAAUAAUAAGUUUUGCUUUCUAUCCCAGCCAUGAGGAAUUAAAGUUUAAGUUUGCUCAUUUAUAGCAUUAUCAUAAGCCAUCAUUUAGCCAUGCGACUCUGAUUCAAAAGGAUAAAGUUCUUGUGAACUAUUAUUAAAGUCAACAUGUGGAAAACAGAAGUGAUGAUGAUCUAUGUUUUACUGAUUCCUUUGAUUUUAUUCAGUAAAGCUCAUGGGAGGGUGGACAUUCUCCUUACACCGGAGAGCGCCAACGUUUCUACAGGAGAAAACGUAACCCUUCGAUGUCAAGUAAACAAUGUGGACCACCAUUUCUAUGCAAUCAGGUGGAGUCACACUCCACACAAUGGUCCCGGUCCUCUUCAAAGCAACGCAACGUUAGUCCAGGAAACUCUCACAUUGAAGUCUUCACUGACCUUGUCUAAUCCAGGUGUUAACUUCACAGGUUUAUAUUUCUGUGAGGUACACUACACAGGUCGAGGGGGGAACUUGGUAUCGUUUGCCACGUCCUUGGUCUCCGGGAACCACAGCGCAAGGAUAUCAGAGUGUCAUAAGUCCUCCGGUGGAGGUAAAGUGAUACACCUGUCUGAGAGAGGCCCAUCAGUUGACAUCUCUUGUAAGGCGAUCAAAGAACCCAGUGUUCCCGAGUUAAGAUGGAGGUUUCUUCAAAGAACAGGCACAACGCAUACCGGUAUUGAGUUCAGCCGUGAUGAUGAUGGCAUCUAUCGAUUCAUCAACUCCACUCUAGAGUGGGACACAAACAGGCAUGACCUUAUUCUCUAUUGUAAAGCAAUAGAAAUUGAGAAUACAAUCUUGACAAGUCCUUGCGUCAUUGGUCUCAUUAAAGUCAUCCAGCAGCCACAAAUCAUUCCAAGAAACACCAGCCUGGGCUUUGGUUUUGUAAAUGAGGUCGAAUUUUGGUGCGACAUGAGAGGCGUCUAUCAUCAAUCCUGCUCUUACACAUGGAAGUGCCAACCACAAGUUCCAGGUUGCCAUAGUGAUAAUGACACUAUACUCUUCACUACUGAUGAAUCAACAAGUUUAGGGGAUGAGAUCGACGUUACCUGUCAGGUAAAGUGUGUCCAAGAUUUCCUUGGAGAAGCUCACGCAACCUUAACUAUCCUUUAUGAAUCAUCAACCCUAAAUUCAAUGGUUUCUGCUGAAGGAGCUGGAAUCGCAUUAUCACUCCAAUCACAUCCUGUGCCAGAGAGUGAUGACAAUUUCCUUAGAUGUUCAGCAAACUACAUAAAGAACAAUAAACCCAUUUUUGCUUGGUACGUUGAUGGUAUCAAGCAAGGAAUCUCAGCCAGCAACGAAACUAUGCCAAAUCAUCAAGAAGUACACUCGACCUAUCGCGUUGGCCACACUUUCCUAUCAGUGGUAUGUGACGUUCUCUAUGAUGGCAACAUUAUUCGUGUCUGGAGCACUUUCAGUGAGGUGAUAGGUACUACCAGUGAUACGAUCAGCUUCACAACCAAUGAUUCUGUCUUGACUUUAUCUCCGAUACCAGCCCUAACAAGGUCUCUCAGCCUUCCUAUAAUCUCCAUAAAGCUUGUUAUAAUCAACAGUAUCUGUGCUUCAUUGGCAGUUCUGGUCUUUGUCUGGAUUACUUUCAGUUUAUUACGAGGGAGUAGAUACUGGGGCCCUGUCGAUAAUUCCACAGCCAAAACAUUCAAGGUAAAAUCCAAACUCCCCUCCGAUAAUACUGAAAUGAACCUUACUAUGAACAAAAAAGAAACUAAACCUGUCUCAAGUGAUUCCUUGGAAGAAUAUGCCUAUCCAGGAUUUCAAAUGCAGACUACAAUGAAUGAUCAGAAUGAGGUUGAACAUUUCGCCUUUACAGUUGCUUCUCGGUUUUAUAGAGAUAUGGAACAUGGCGAAGAUGGUUACGAAGAAUUCCCAGAUGAAAAAUCUUGGCAGCAUGGAUCUGACUCCCAUCAAGGUAGCAAGUUGAUCCAACCUUACCAGAACUUUGCUUUUCCGUCAUCGUCUUCGUCGAAUCCUCCACUCACCCCGCCACUUGUUCAUGAGUAUUACACAACCAGUACUCAUUCCGAAGAUCAUGAUCGUGGAUUUUGUGGCCAAGACUCAUCCACUUAUUCUUUACAUCAUGAAUAUCACGCUUAACACAUAGUUUUAGGAAGAUUGGAUCAUAAUCAGGAUUAGGAAAGACAUAUACAUACUACAAAAUCCAGUUCAAUUCAAAGAUGUUCAAUGUUCAUUUUCAUGAGCGGCCCACUUUUCACUUGGGAGUUGACAUAUUUUUCCUAGAUAGCAUAUGCAAUGAGUGAAAUUGGAGAAAAAGGAUUUGUAGGGAAGAGCAAAGAUUACUUUGUAGAAUGAGCAAUGAGAUUCCUAGAAAACUGUCAUGUUGAAUAGCCUGUAAUCA